AAUUAACUGACAAAUAAAUUGGAAUUGUUCAUUAUAGAAUGCGUGAAAUAGUUCAUCUUCAAGUUGGACAGUGUGGUAAUCAAAUUGGAUCUAAGUUUUGGGAAGUGAUUUCUGAUGAACAUGGAAUCGAUCCAACAGGAGCAUAUCGUGGUGAUUCAGAUCUCCAGCUGGAAAGGAUUAAUGUUUACUAUAACGAAGCAAUGGGAGGAAAAUAUGUUCCACGUGCAAUAUUAGUAGACCUGGAACCAGGAACAAUGGAUAGUGUCCGUGCAGGUCCUUUUGGCCAACUUUUUCGUCCAGACAACUUUGUAUUUGGACAAAGUGGUGCAGGAAACAACUGGGCUAAAGGUCAUUAUACUGAAGGUGCCGAACUUGUGGACUCAGUGUUAGAUGUGAUGCGUAAGGAGGCAGAGAACACGGAUUCUCUUCAAGGUUUUCAAUUGACUCAUUCACUUGGUGGUGGAACUGGUUCAGGUUUGGGAACAUUGUUGAUUUCGAAAAUUCGUGAAGAGUAUCCUGAUCGAAUAAUGAACACAUUUUCAGUUGUUCCAUCACCAAAGGUCUCAGAUACUGUUGUCGAGCCAUACAAUGCUACACUGUCUGUACAUCAACUUGUUGAGAACACUGAUGAAACGUUCUGCAUCGACAACGAAGCACUCUAUGACAUCUGUUUCAGAACACUGAAGUUAACCAACCCCACUUAUGGAGAUCUCAAUCACUUGGUCAGUGCAACCAUGUCUGGCGUGACCACCUGUCUCAGAUUCCCUGGACAACUGAAUGCUGACCUGCGGAAACUGGCAGUGAAUAUGGUCCCGUUCCCUCGACUGCAUUUCUUCAUGCCAGGAUUCGCUCCACUGACAAGUCGUGGCAGUCAACAGUAUCGCUCAUUAACUGUGCCUGAACUGACACAACAAAUGUUCGAUGCAAAGAAUAUGAUGGCUGCCUGUGAUCCUCGUCAUGGUCGUUACUUGACAGUGGCGGCGAUCUUCCGUGGUCGUAUGUCUAUGAAGGAGGUGGAUGAGCAGAUGUUGAAUGUGCAGAAUAAGAAUUCGAGUUAUUUUGUCGAGUGGAUUCCGAAUAAUGUGAAGACGGCAGUAUGUGACAUUCCUCCUCGUGGUUUGAAGAUGUCGGUGACUUUUAUUGGUAACAGUACGGCUAUUCAAGAGUUGUUUAAACGUGUUUCUGAACAGUUUACUGCAAUGUUCCGUCGUAAAGCGUUUUUACAUUGGUAUACAGGUGAAGGGAUGGAUGAGAUGGAAUUUACUGAGGCUGAAUCAAAUAUGAAUGAUUUGGUAAGUGAAUAUCAACAGUAUCAAGACGCGACUGUCGAUGAUGGGGAAUUUGAAUACUCAUUGUGUGAAACUAUACUUCUGUCUUUUGCUAAAUAUUCAGUAAUGCGUGAAAUAGUACAUAUACAAGUUGGACAAUGUGGUAAUCAAAUCGGGUCAAAAUUUUGGGAAGUGAUUUCUGAUGAACAUGGAAUCGAUCCUACGGGAAAUUAUACAGGUGAAUCUAAUUUACAGCUGGAACGAAUUACAGUGUACUACAAUGAAUCAUCUUCUCAAAAAUAUGUUCCGCGUGCAAUAUUAGUAGACCUGGAACCAGGGACAAUGGAUAGUGUUCGUACAGGUCCAUUCGGAAAAUUAUUUCGUCCAGACAACUUUGUAUUUGGACAAAGUGGUGCAGGAAACAACUGGGCUAAAGGUCAUUAUACUGAAGGUGCCGAACUUGUGGACUCAGUGUUAGAUGUGAUGCGUAAGGAGGCAGAGAACACGGAUUCUCUUCAAGGUUUUCAAUUGACUCAUUCACUUGGUGGUGGAACUGGUUCAGGUUUGGGAACAUUGUUGAUUUCGAAAAUUCGUGAAGAGUAUCCUGAUCGAAUAAUGAACACAUUUUCAGUUGUUCCAUCUCCUAAGGUGUCCGACACUGUUGUCGAGCCAUACAAUGCUACACUGUCUGUACAUCAACUUGUUGAGAACACUGAUGAAACGUUCUGCAUCGACAACGAAGCACUCUAUGACAUCUGUUUCAGAACACUGAAGUUAACCAACCCCACUUAUGGAGAUCUCAAUCACUUGGUCAGUGCAACCAUGUCUGGCGUGACCACCUGUCUCAGAUUCCCUGGACAACUGAAUGCUGACCUGCGGAAACUGGCAGUGAAUAUGGUCCCGUUCCCUCGACUGCAUUUCUUCAUGCCAGGAUUCGCUCCACUGACAAGUCGUGGCAGUCAACAGUAUCGCUCAUUAACUGUGCCUGAACUGACACAACAAAUGUUCGAUGCAAAGAAUAUGAUGGCUGCCUGUGAUCCUCGUCAUGGUCGUUACUUGACAGUGGCGGCGAUCUUCCGUGGUCGUAUGUCUAUGAAGGAGGUGGAUGAGCAGAUGUUGAAUGUGCAGAAUAAGAAUUCGAGUUAUUUUGUCGAGUGGAUUCCGAAUAAUGUGAAGACGGCAGUAUGUGACAUUCCUCCUCGUGGUUUGAAGAUGUCGGUGACUUUUAUUGGUAAUAGUACGGCAAUGCAAGUGUUAUUCAAACGAAUUUGUGAACAGUUCAGUGCCAUGUUCCGUCGUAAAGCGUUUUUACAUUGGUAUACCAGUGAAGGGAUGGAUGAGAUGGAAUUUACUGAGGCUGAAUCAAAUAUGAAUGAUUUGGUAAGUGAAUAUCAACAAUAUCAAGAUGCAACAGUCGAUGACGAGAACGAUUCUGAUAUGGAAGGAAUAGAGGAAGCUUAG